UUGGUGGAGGAGAAGAAACGGCAGUACCCGAUGCCCGGCCAGAUCAUUGUGUACUGCGACACGGUGGCUAAAACAGUGCGAUUGGCCAGGUUGUUAGGUUGUGUUUGUUACCACCGGCAGGUAGGGAGCAGAGGCGAGAAGGCAGAGUUGGUGCGCCAGUUAACAGAGGGACGACAGCAAGUUUUCACAGCAACCAAUGCGUUGGGUUUAGGGGUAGAUGCACCCACCAUCCGAGUAGUGAUUCACAUUAGGAUUGUCAGAAAGUUGCGGGAUUAUGCGCAAGAAAGCGGGCGAGCAGGACGAGACGGGCAGAAGAGUGAAGCGAUUAUCGUAAGAGGGGAGAGGUACCGUCGAGAUGGCAGCAUGCAAGAAGGAAAUGAAGAGAUGCGGGAGUUCAUCACGACCAACGGAUGUAUGAGAGUCGUAUUGGAUAGGGAGAUGGAUGGGAGAAUAGACAGAGUAGGUUGCGAAGCCGACGAAGAGAAAUGUAGCAGGUGUGCUGGGUGUGAGACUGGGGGAGAGGCAGAGCGUGCAAGAGAAGACGAAAACAGGAGAGAAGACGAAGGCGACGGGCAAGAGGCAGGAGGGGUUGGAGAUGAGGAAGAAAGGGUAGCGUUUGAUCAGGAGGGAAGAGCACGAAGGAUGGCGGCGCAAAGAGAGAUGGAGUUACAGACCGAGGGUUUGGUAGAGAUCCAAGGAUUAGAAGAGGUGUUGGACGAGUGGAAGGAGGGAUGCCAGCGAUGCAGGGCGUGGGGAGAAGGGUGUGAAGGUCAUAGGAUGGCGGAAUGCACGGCAACAGACGCAGAGGAGAUUUGCAAAGGAGUAACGAUCAUUGCGAGUUCCAUUCAGUGGGAGAGGUUUUCGUGUUGUUUCAAGUGUGGCAUCCCGCAGGCGAUAUGCAAGAGGUAUGAGAGCCGAGCGGAUGGCGGAUAGAAGAGAAAAGUCGGCGGAAGUUGUCAGUACCGUGGCGUGUUGAUCGCGUCGAUUGCGUCGAUUUGGGCCAGGUGGUCAGAUAGUUUCACGGAAUGGGCGCAAGAGCGGAUGGUGGAGGAGGGAGUACGAUGGCAGGAGCAGGAGGAGCAGGGGGAGGCAUUCAAGCGGAUUGUCAAGUGGUUUGGGAAGAAGAAGCGGUGGGGCGGAAUUGAAAGCAAUAAGAUGUGUUGGGCAUUUUGGGCGUUUGCAGCGUAUUGUCGCGAGAUAGAAGAGUAGUGUAGGAGAGUUUAGGGAAUCCAAUCAUAUUAUCCG